AUGCCUGUGAAGCCAUUAUAUGAAUGGGAGCAGACCGAUAGUGAAGUGCUCCUACGUGUCUCUAUUAAAGGAUUUAAAAAAGAUGCUAUUGAUGUAUUUCUCUCAGACCUCUGGGUGAAGGUGAAUGCACCCCCUACCUAUCUACUGAGUCUGGAUCUUCUACACCCCAUUGAUGUAGGGAAAUCUACACACUUCAUAGACCCAGAUGACCGCUCUUGUCUGCGGCUUAAACUUCGCAAACAAGAGCCUGGGGUUUGGUCGGAUCUCUGCAUAGACACUAAUACCUGCGGGGCGGAUGUAAUCCGUGAAAGAAGAGAAGGGGCGAUGAAACGCGUAGAGGAAGAUUACAACCGUCGACUGCAGGAACGUGCGGGGAAGAGAGAAGAGGAAAAACGACGCAUGACAGAAGAACAAUGGGAGGUGGAUAAAGCACAAAGACGUCUUAUUGAGAGUCGUGUAAAAGAAGAAAAGACGAUGGCCGAGGAAAGUCUCUAUUCCUGGGAAGAUGAACAAAAGCGGAAACAACAAGAAAAAGAAAAGGAAACAGAAUCCUCUGGACAAAUUCCGAGAUGUCCUGGUGAUAUUCUUGUACCUAACAUAAAGGAAGAAAAAGAGUCAGUUCCAUCUGUGCGUCAUGUUGAUACUGUUAAUAUUCCUAUAGAUUUUACACCAAAACUUGCAGCAAUGCCAACACGAUCACGUGGAGAGGAGGAAUACUACCGUCGAAGUCGGUAUAAGCCAACACGAAUUGAAGAUAGUCCAAUGUUCUGGAAGGAAAAGGCAGAUAAACAUUAUCAACAUCGUGAGUGGAAAGCGGCUGCAGAUGCCUAUACAGAGUCUAUUAAACGUGAUGGUGCAUUCCUAACAUGUGUAUCCAAUCGUGCUGCAUGUUUUAUUCAUUUAUUUGAGUACAAGAAAGCUAUAGAAGACUGUACAUUGGCUUUAACAAUGUUAUCAAAUACCCCAGCUAGCGAGUUAACACAAGAACGAUAUCGCUAUCUUAUGAUGAAACUUCAUGCUAGACGAGGUGCCGCAUACUGUUGGGGCCAAUGUUAUGAGCGUGGUAUUGAGGAUUUACGUGUAGCAUCUGCGUAUUGUAAUCCUGGUGAAGAUACAGAUGUGUUAGAGGAUUAUAAACUGAUAGAAAAAUACAUGAAAGAUCAUGGUUUAGUAGAGAAGAAAGAUCCAUUAGAAGAUAAAAUGCGUGAGGCAUCUUUACUUUACUACCAAGGAAAGUACGCUGAGGCAGCUGCGCUUUAUCGUGAGAUCUUGAAGGAGAACCCAUACGAGGUAAAGGCCCGUAAUAACUUAAGUGCUACUCUACUUCAACAAGGUUUGUUUAAAGAGGCACUAGAGGAGGCUUCGCAUGUGCUUGACUUUUGCAAGGAAGUUGCAGAGGCUCUGAGUUGCCCUGGUGCUCUUUCCACAAACUUAGUAGACAGUGAUGAUGAUGAUGACGAUGAUAAUGAAAAUAGUGGUGAGAAGGAUGAACACGCUGAUGAGAUGAUACGCCAGCGAAAUGCAGCAGCGAGAAAGGUUGGAGAACAGAGUGGUCAUGUCUAUGCACUCUUAAAGGCAUGUGUGCGGGGAGCUGCGGCCCACUGCGGUCUAAAGGACUAUCGAAAGGCGUUGUUAUUACUAGAGCAGGCCGUUCGCAUUACUCCAUAUGAUGAUGACCUUCAGGAUGAUUAUAAUCGCGUAACGGAAAAACUGCGAAUGGAGACACUUGUGGCUGCAUCUGCAAGAGAAUCUGAAGGAACACAGUCAAAGAAGGUAGACAAGAGUUAA